AUGUUGAGCCAAGCUCUGGAGUUGAGGGAGUUAUACAACAGGAUCGCCCUGGAGGAGGUUGACUUGGCACAUUACAUGUUGUCUGAUCACGACUGGCUUUUGGUGAAACAGGUGAAACAGAUUCUUUCGACAUUCAACAAGAUUUUUAAGUCGACCACUGCUACAAAUUCGGGAAUUGGCGAAGCCUUGAGGUUGCACUAUUUGAUUUUUGAUAUCUGUACCGACGCAGUUUCACUUUCCGGAAAGAAAGUUACGGCUGAUACAAAGAUAUCCUUUCCCAGCUUAAGAAAUGUCAAUAAGGAAGUACUCGAAUCGUUGGGACGUGCCUUUAGACCACUUAAUACCUACUUCACUGAUGUUGAGAACUAUAAACUGCUCUUGAUUCCAUCACUUCUCGACCCAAGAUUCAAAACUGAUGUCAUUAAGGCCAACCACGAAAGUCACGUUGCUCAGGCGCUUAUCCGGGAGAUUUCCGAGACGAUUAGGGAUGAGUGUGGAAAAUCAUAUGCUACUCAGCCCUGCGACAUGUUCGCGUCGGAUUUCAACUGUGACGACGAUGAGGAUGACCUCUUCCCCGUCUAUCACAAUCCAACCAAGCAAGAUGAGCUCGACUUGUAUCUCCUGCAACCAGUUCAGAGGGUCCCACCGGAAGGUGUCAUGCAAUGGUGGAGGGACAACUCAAGCUCCUUUCAAGCCCUAGCAAAGCUUGCACGGAAGUACCUUUGCGUGCAACCGUCCUCCUUGUCGUUAGCAAGAUUGGUAAAUAUGGAUCCUGAGUUUCUUGCCAAUAGAAGGACCCAGAUGUCCGAGGGGUCGAUGCGCCAAAUGGUUUUGGGCAGGGAGAGACGGAGGUGUAACGGGGUAGUGUUUCCAUUUAUGACUGAUAGGGCAGAAAACAGUGAUCCAGAAGAUGGAAGUUACUGUUAA